CAAUUUCUCUCGGUCAGUCAGUCAGAGUCAAUCGAACGUUGCAGACAGAAACUCCUUCAGGAGCUUCCUCUUAGCUAGAGCUAUUAACACCACUUCACUGUACUCCGGUAUUAUUACUUGUCUGAGUCAACCUACCCAGCUUGCUUCAGGAAUCGAUUGCGUAUCGUCCGUCGCCUUAGAUAGCUUCCUACGGCGAUGAGAAUCGGCAACAGUCAAUUUGCACGGUGAUUAGUGAUAUUAUUGAGAUUUUGAGUAUCAUCAUCGAAAGAAGAAUCGACACGGGACGGAUUCGUGUGAGAUUGUGAUUCAGCACCUCAAUCAUUGUGUGUUGCCCCGCAGCAGCAGCAGCAGUCAGUCUCGUCGUCGGUGAGCUCAGUACCUACAUCAGUCGUGGGGAUAUAUUUUUAGCCGGAAGCAAGUUGAUUUUACUUUUUCGGCGUAUUCACUAUUAAUUCGCUAAAAUUAGCAAAUUUUUCGAUACUGUGUGAGAGCUGGUCGCGGGUGUGUGCCGAAUAAUUUUGGUGUUGCUGUUGGAAGUCGAGCUUGGGGCAAAUCGAUUAACCAGAGACACCAGUCUCCGUCUGUGCGAAUCAAGAAGGGGAAGACACAGUGUCAAGGGGGUCAUAAAAGCUGACCACAACGCGUGUGAACAAGUGUGAAAAAGGGAGCGUCUCACGAGACGUGAGUGACAGCGACAAAGUAGGCGAAUCGAAACUGAAGCAAUCAAUCACUAGGCAACCACCAGAGAUCGCGGCGGGUGAGCGUCUGAGUGCCGCCAUCAAGUGAGUGCAAGUGCUCUUCUCGGGAAACGUGAUUUAGCCGCACGGCGGAAUUCCAUAUGUAUAAAUUCUUUGUGAAUUCGAGCGUGAAAUACAUAAUAAAGUAGAGAAGAAGCGACGACGACAAGAUCAAGUUCAAAGUGUUCAAAAAGAUACAAGUGUGAGCUUGAUAGUCACAGUGAAAGAAGAAAUCAUAAGUAAAAAUAAACGUAUACUGGGUACAGUGAGGGCCGAUUCUGCCAGCGAGUCCAACUAUCAUCAAACCGGUGCUUGUUUUUCGCUAGGAACGCCCGAAAUAACUAAUUUCAUGUGUAAAUUCGCAAGCAAGAAGAACUCGAUCCUACUCGACAAUAAGAAACGUGUUCGACUCUUCUUCCGCAAGCCACGUUACACGCACUACUGCUCGGUUUGGUACAUUAUAGAAUCGGCAGCGGCAGCAGCGGAAGAAGCAAAGGCCAACGGCGCGGAUCGACGGGCACGGAUCCACUGAAGUUCUCCAUUCUCAACGGUUCCUACAAAAAACUCUGCGAGUGCGCAUCGCACAUCAACCUCAACGUAAAACUCAACAAAAGUAUUCCAAAAACAACCUCCAAAAGUGCGUCGCACGCGCGAGACGUCAAAACCUUAAAUCAUCCAUUCCGUAGAGCUGCAGAAUCUACCGAGUCUGAAGAGUCCGAGAGUCCAGUGAGUGUUUGUAUUUCGUUGUUAUUUUGGCGAGUGGAAGUCCCAGGACCGGUUGUGUUGUACGCUGUCCGUCUGGGUGAAGAGCUUUACAUAACCGCGCCAGUCACGUAUCGUUGUUAGGAGCGACAGCAGCGGCGGCAGCGGUGCCAAUAUCCAAUCACAUGUGUGGCAAUGUGCCUGGUCGUCUGCAGUGAGGAAGAAUAGUGAGCUGUUCCAACUACUUCGCCGGACGAACGACCGGCGGCAGUGAAAACCAGACGUGUGUCGUGUGCGAAAUUUGAGAACACCGUCGCCAAUCGCCGUGUGUGCAUCGACAUCGAGCUCAAGGGAGGCGUGUCAGAUCAGCGUUCGACGAGCGGGAGCGUAGCCAGCAAACCCAGAGACAUACAACCCCAGUGAUUUGUCCACCUCGGAAGUCUGAUACCUAGCGAUAGAGCAGGAAAACCAGCCGGUAAACACCAUGGAAGGCUAUUGGGAAGCAGCCAACGGUCACGCACCGCAUCCUGUGAAAUAUGAAAGUGAAGCAUCCGUGCCCGGAUAUCCGUAUUGCAACGAACAGCUAAACUUCUCCACAACCAACACCACAUACAGCGAAGAUGAUGCCGACUUUGCCCCAGGACGACGGGGAAAAACGUCUAGGCAAGAUCCGUUAUCACAUCGAAUAAUAGAGAAGCGGCGGAGAGAUCGGAUGAACUCCUGCCUGGCGGACCUGUCCCGUCUCAUCCCGCAGCAGUACAUGCGAAAGGGGCGCGGCCGCGUGGAGAAAACCGAAAUCAUCGAAAUGGCCAUCCGACACCUGAAGAACCUCCAGAACCAGGAGUGCGCCCGCGAAAACUCCUGCGCCGAGCAGUACCGGGUUGGCUACCACGACUGUCUGACCGAGGCGGCCAAGUUCAUGCUGCGGGAACGGGGCGAGGAGAUGUGCUACCGGAUGGUGGCGCACCUCAAGGAACACUGCAAUGAGAUCAUGAAAGGUGAAAUGAUGAAGUCCCGGUGUGGGUCCGAGAUUCCAAACGGCGGCAGCCCAGUGUAUUUACAUCCAGGUCCACUGUCACAGCUCAGGGAUAUGCUAUCGUGUCCGUCCGAUAUUGAACACAGUAGUAAUGACCACCACGACGUGAAGGACCUCAGUUUUCGCAGCAACACCAACAGCAGUAACAGUAAUCCACCACAGGCAGCGGUAAUCACCUCGACCGCACCCAGCAGUGUGCAGCAUCUGGAUACCUCCAGCAAUCACUCGACGGUGGACUUCGAGGCGUCCUCACCUUCUCGCAUUUCCACCAGUUCUACCAGUGGCCAGCUGCAGCACCUCUCACAGGACACCAACAACAACAUCAACGCUCAGCACGAAAGUGUCCUGCGAACAAUUCGCAUGCGAAAGUUCUCCGAAACUUCACCCGAACACGAACACAGCCACAACAGUUACAAGUUCAAAAACUACAUUCAGCAACGCUUCUCGCAGGAUACCCACGGCAACGAGAACGGUCACUUAUCGGAGAUGGCACACAGUCCCUCGUCGGUUCAUGAGGAUCAUCCGAUGACUGAAGUGCCUCCACCAUCGGCCAUCAAAGGUCUGAUGAACGGGCUAGGUCCGAAGAGUAGAACAGACAGUGCCAACGCCCAGACCAACGGAAACGACGAGCCGCUAUCCCUGAAGCGGAAGAUUUCCUCCGGAGAGCCAACGGAACAAGCCGUGCGCGACGACCGAGAAGACCUAAAGAACGGCCUCACCGAAAUCAAGAGUGAGCACCACGUGGCGAGAAGUGUUUACGCCUCGUAUGCUGUCCCCGUCUUCGCGUGUCAUACCCAGGGUUUCUAUAUUCCGCUGAAUGUCAACUACGAAAGUUUACUGCCAUACCUGAACGGAAUCGACCUGUUCGGCAAAAGCUACCGACAAAUGCCUCCGCUGCAUCCGAUCAGCAUCAGCGUCAACUACGCUCCGGCCAGUCUGAUUAAGGCCGCUAGCGCCGCCGUCGCCGCAGCUGCCACCAACGCCAAUGGGCUGACGUCAGCCGGUAAGACCACUCUGGUCGAAACCAUGGUCAACGGAUGCUAGAAACGGGACGGCGCACGCUAAAUAAUUAGCACCGCAGUGUCGCUUCGUUUGCGAUGACGGACCGGGGUGGGAUGUCAAAGUUUAUGCACGGAGACCAAAUGGCGCCUGGGUGGUUCGGGUCAUGUUUCGCGUAGUGAACAUACUUCACCUUGCAAUCGUUUGGGGAUUCUAUUUUUUCGAUCGCUCGAUCUCGGUGAUCUUCCAUCACUGCAAGGAACCUAUUCCCUAUUUUAGUGAUGUCGACACUAGUAGCACGUUGUCAUGAAAUUACUUCUUUAGCAGUAACUUGAUAUGAUCAAUGAUAGAGUCGGUAUAUUCGCUCCGAUUCUCUCUGUGUAUGGGUCAAACGGGGGGUUCGAAUCCCUUGAAAGUAUUAUACAGCUUCCCUUGCGUGGCUGAGACGUCUAUCGCUUACUGUACUUUCUACGCUAACUGGAAGUCAUCUGGAGGAGAGAAAGCCAUUCCAUUGAGUUGACCUCCAGUUAGUGUCAGAAAGUACAGUGAAGGAUUGAUUUUAUACACCCAAUUUCAAGACAUUUAAUCUCUCCGUUAAUACGUUUUAUACCAAAGUUUUUUUUUUCAAAGAGCUACUUUGUUUCGUUUAAAAUGUAUAACCUUUCUAUGGGAAUAUGACUCAUUUUUCGUUUCAUAUUGGGGUGAAAACAGGUUUUUUUAAAUAUUCGCUUCAGUAACCUAUGUAAAAAAGAAAAUACUACAAAAAAGCAUCUCAAUUUAGCGUUUGUAAAAAAUAGAAUCCAUUUCCAUGCUGAUUGCGGACGGAAGUAGGCGGCGCCAAUUUUGAGAUAAUCCAAAACAAUUAAUGUUGUCUUAUUUUGAAAAGUAAUUUUCCAGAAUAAUAAAAAAUGCAAACGGCAACACUUUGAACAACAAAAAUGCAUUUUUAUGCCAUUCACAAUGUGCAUUUGAGCUAGUUUUUCCCUAGAUAAUUAAUACGUAAAGCACGCCACCACAAUGGGUCUUGUGGUUGGAACUGAUUGGAAUGAUAUAAGACCAUACUUAAGUACACAGAAUUGUAAACAUACAAAAUGCCAUUAUUUGAAAAGCGAAAGUCAAUAGAAAACAGCAGUCACAACCAGCAAAAGUAAGGAAUUCCAUUAAUACUACCGCCGCAAUAGACAACUAGAGGAAAACCAACACAGACAAAGAUGAAACAAGUAAACUAGCAAACAAAGUAUGUGUAAUAUGUAUAUUUCAACUCAGGUAAACAGUAAUUGUAACAAAACAAAAAUAAGCAGCUUAGAUAGCGAAAGAACGAAGGAGAUCUAGCCAGAAUCAAAAGUAGCCUAGGAGAAAUUAAGUAAAAGGGGUUUCCUUCAAGAAAGGAAGCAACAAGUCAGCAACCCAACAAUUGUGCGCCAUUUUAGUACCACAAUUACCCAUCUUGUUCUUUUGAUACGACAUUGUUUCGUUUUUUAACAACAGCAACAACAACCCGCAAUUACUUUUAAUGCAACAAAUAUUAUUAUAUUAUGAAAUCUUUUAAUCUGUGAUACUGAUUAACAAAAAAACAAAACAAAAUGGAAUGCUAUAGUAAGCCUCCGAAUGAAGAGGAAUGAAAAGCGAAGGAUUGAAAGAAAAGUUAAGCGAGAAAGUGUUUGAAAAGCGUAGAAAAAAAUAUCGCCGUAGCAAAACAAGCAAACAAUUACAAAACAGAGCUCGUUCGCAGGAGAACGAUUUUGUAUAAACCAAUCAGUUGCUUUGUGUCUUGUAUAUUUGUAAAACCCCAAGAGAAACCAUACCUAGUAGAAAAUAAUGAUGGAGAAAACACUAUACGUGAGGGCAGAACAGAGGAAGAUUUUUUGUACAAUAAUCAAGUUGAACAAUAUUGCGAGAAGACAAGUGCUGUACAUAUAAUAGUGAUGAAAACAAAAUAAACCAAAUGAAUUGUCAUAGAAAAAUAC